AUGGCCAUCUUCGGGCUCUGGGUCAUCAACAAAGCUGGCGGAUUAGUCUAUCAACGGAGCUUUGCAGAUGGGCUUGCACAGUUGACCUCAAAUGAAUAUCUCGUCCUUGCCGGAACGCUGCACGGUAUUCAUGCCAUAACUUCUCGUCUUUCUCCUAUUCCUGGUCAAAGCUCGGGCGCACAAGUCAUCGAGGGCGAAACCUUUAAGAUUAGUGUGUUGCUGACGCUUACAGGGACGAAAUUUAUUCUGCUAACCUCUCCCGCCGAACCUGCGUCAUCUAUCGACGUCCUUCUUCAAAAGAUUUACACUACUUACGCGGAGAAAGUGAUGCAAAAUCCGUUUCAUACACCGGAAAUGCCUAUACGGAGUGAGGCGUUUGAUGUCAGUCUGGGAGCCUUGAUCAGUUGA